AUGGGUCUAUUGCUGGCUGUUAAUGCUGGUAGUCAUCACGAGCCACGAGUGGUUAUCUUACGCUAUUUUGGCGAUAAAAAAAACAAAAAAAAUGUUUUGGGACUAGUAGGGAAGGGUAUAACUUUUGAUAGCGGUGGCUAUGAUUUGAAGCCUUCGCAAUAUUUGCAAUGCAUGAAAUUUGAUAUGUCUGGCGCUGCCGUGGUUUGUGCUUCUUUUUUAGGUUUAGUGCAAAAAAAACCUGCAAUAAAUGUGAUAGCGGUGGCUUGUUUAACCGAAAAUGCUAUUGGCGGACACGCCACUCUUACCGAGUCAGUAAUAACUUCUAUGAACGGCAAAACUGUGGAAAUCAACAACACAGAUGCGGAAGGCCGCUUAGUUUUAGCAGACGGAAUUACUUAUGCGAUUCAAAAGGAAAAAGCAACUAAAAUAAUUACUGUAGCAACUUUAACCGGAGCCUGCGUGCUGGCUUUGGGCGAAAAUACUACCGGAUUGAAUCCGGUAAUGAUAUCAAAGAAAUCAAAAUUAGAAGAUAACAUUGCUAUAGUAAUUCAAGAAGAAGAUAAUGGCAAUAAUAAUAAUGACAAGAAAGUUAAAGAUUGCCCAACUUGCCUUGAAAAAAUAAACUAUGCAUUAGCCAAAUGUGAAGACUGGGAAACUAAAAGAAAAAAACAAUUAGAGGACUUAAAAAAGGAAAAAUGUUUUCAUGAAAAAAACAUUGAUAAUACUCCGCUCUUAUUGCGUACAUCAGGAUAUAGUAAAACAAAAGAUAAAUGCACGAAGUGUCAGCGGGAAUAUGUUUCUAGCAAAUCCAAUAAAGAGGGCGAUAAAAAAACUUUCUCUCAUAAUUGCUCCCAGGAACCCGACAAUCAACGGGACGAGGAAGACGACAACGAUAACUCUAAUAAUAAUAAAAUUGCCGAGAAAUCAACUGUGCGUAAAUAUUGUAAAGAUAAUGAUAUCAAGAGGCUAGAGUAUGAUGAGGGGACUGGCAAAUUGAUAAUUAUUUAUAACAAAAGUGAUAAACCCAAAAGUGAAUUAGAUAAUUUAAAUGAGGAACUUCAAGAAAUAAAAAAUUAUUUGAAAAAGAAUGGACAAAAAGACAACAAAAAUAAAAAAUAUUUCCUAACUGAUAGAGACUGA